UUUGCACUGUCCCUACUAGAAACUGGGUUGUCGCGGGAAGAAGCGCUCAAUAAAAUAAAAAAUAACAAAAUAAAAGCAAAUUAGCCGAAACUCCCAUAAGUAAAACAAUUCCCUCGUGUGAGUCACAUAUAUUAACCCAAUUCCAGUCACCAGAAAAGGGACAUCGAGGGAGAAAAGUUCCAUUUCAUACAGGGAAGGCCGGUAACGGGUCUUAUGUAUGUGUGCUUGUGUGUGUGUGCGUGUGCGUGCGUGUGUGUGUCCUGUACUGUCUGGUGUCUUUCUGUAGCGUUUGUCAAAGGCACUGGAUGGAUAGCAUCGACGCUGAAGCUCUUUACCUGACCACUGCACAGCAUGGGCAGCCUCAGUGCGAGCUUCCCCACACUGCUGUGGAGGUACCCACUCUUGGGGGAACCAAGAAGAUGAAUGGAACUCUGGACCACCCGGACCAGCCAGACAUUGACGCCAUAAAGAUGUUUGUGGGUCAGAUCCCACGGGCCUGGUCAGAGGAACAGCUUCGGGAGCUGUUUGAACCCUACGGUGCCGUCUAUGAAAUCAACGUCCUCCGAGACAGGAGUCAAAACCCUCCACAGAGCAAAGGCUGUUGCUUCGUCACAUAUUACACACGAAAAUCAGCAUUAGAAGCACAAAAUGCCCUUCACAACAUGAAAAUUCUUCCGGGGAUGCAUCAUCCCGUUCAGAUGAAGCCAGCGGAUAGUGAAAAGAACAAUUCGGUAGAAGACAGAAAGCUCUUCAUUGGGAUGAUCUCAAAGAAGUGCAACGAGAACGACAUCCGACUUAUGUUUUCCCCAUACGGUCAGAUUGAGGAGUGCCGCAUUCUCCGGGGACCUGAUGGAUUAAGCCGAGGUUGUGCCUUCAUCACAUUCACAGCCAGGCAGAUGGCCCAGUCUGCCAUUAAAUCCAUGCACCAGUCACAGACCAUGGAGGGCUGCUCGUCUCCAAUCGUGGUGAAGUUUGCGGACACACAGAAAGAUAAAGAACAGAAGCGCAUGGCCCAGCAACUCCAGCAGCAGAUGCAGCAGCUCAACGCUGCCUCCAUGUGGGGGAACUUGACUGGCCUCAACUCGCUAGGUCCCCAGUACCUCGCACUUUAUUUGCAGCUCCUGCAGCAGUCUGCGUCCUCUGGAAAUGCGCUCAACAAUCUCCACCCCAUGUCAGGUCUGAAUGCCAUGCAGAACCUGGCUGCGUUGGCAGCUGCAGCAAGCGCCACGCAGGCCACACCCACUGGCAGCAGUGCCCUGACCACCUCCAGCUCGCCACUGAGCGUGCUCACCAGCUCAGGUACGCCUUCUGGACAACAGACUCACUCUGCCUGGGACGGCUGCAAGGCAGGCUCCUCACCCAGCUCCAGCACUACUUCCUCAGUCAAUCCCAUGACUUCUCUGGGGGCCCUCCAGUCUCUGGCAGCAGGGGCAGGAGCUGGCCUCAACAUGAGCUCACUAGCAGGCAUGGCUGCGCUUAAUGGGGGCUUGGGCAGUGGAAGUCUGUCUAAUGGGUCUGGCAGCACUAUGGAGGCACUCACCCAGGCAGCGUACUCCGGGAUCCAGCAGUAUGCAGCUGCAGCCCUGCCCAGCCUCUACAACCAGAGCCUGCUUUCCCAGCAGAGCAUCAGUGCCGCUGGCAGCCAGAAAGAAGGAAGUGACAAUCGAAGCACUGGCCCAGAGGGUGCAAAUCUGUUCAUUUACCAUCUGCCACAGGAGUUUGGUGACCAGGAUCUGCUUCAGAUGUUCAUGCCUUUUGGCAAUGUCAUCUCAGCCAAGGUGUUCAUAGAUAAACAGACCAACCUCAGCAAGUGUUUUGGCUUUGUGAGUUACGACAAUCCUGUUUCAUCCCAGGCAGCCAUUCAGUCCAUGAACGGUUUUCAGAUCGGGAUGAAACGGCUGAAGGUUCAACUGAAACGAUCCAAAAACGACAGCAAGCCAUACUGAGUACUUUUACUCUAAAAUGGACUUGGUUUGAAAAUGUGUUUCUGAUAUCUUCGUGCCCGUUUGUUCACCGUUUCCCUAGCAUGUCGAUGUGACGUCAAAAGUUCAUCGUCCAGUCCGUUGUCCUCUUCGCUUCUCUGACGCUUGAAAUUUUCACCCUUUGACCUUUUUUGUUAACUUUUGUCGCUUAGUGAUUCUUUUGUUGUUUGUUUUUGUGUGGUGUUCAUUUCUGUUAGUGCUGCCAAUAGGGGGCGCUAGAAAGACUGCUGUUCUAACUAAAAUGUAAAAAGUUUCAUGAAUAUUGUUCUGAGCAAAGAGUCUAUUUUUCUAGAACUUGCAAACAUAACCACUAGAUUGUGCAGAAGUUUUUAAUUUUCAUUGUUUCGUUACCCAAUUAAGUUUUUUGCUUUAGCAGUUUUUAUUUUUCAUUGUUUUAAAGCAGUCUUCCUAGCGCACUCAGUUUUACUCAUUUGUUUUCCUCUGAAAGCAGCCAAUCAAUUUUAUAGAAUCACUUUGUGUGAGUGUGGGUGUGUUUGUUCUUUCUCUCUCACUUGUUAGUUCUAAACCUUUUUUAGAAUGUUUUUGCAGUCACAUUUUGCUGAAACUGAGGAUAACGUUGUAAUUUUUGUGCUAGGUUAGUUGGCAUGAUGUAAUUUUGGGAGUUCUUAUUAACAGAGUGACUUUACAAUAGACACUUGAAUUGUUUUUUUUUCCUCUCUUUCUCCUCUCCUUCAUAUAGUGUGUCGAGCCAUCACAGGCACAUAUGUUUUUCAUUUUCUUAUUGUGUGAAAUCAGGAUUAGUCUGAAAUAAAAAUGCAUAAAUUGAGCAGAAUUGAGUUUGUCACAGUUAGUUAAUAUAUUAAAGUAUGCAUGUUUUGUAACUGCACUGACAUCCUCAGCAAAAUGUGAUUUAGUUCUGUUAAAGAAAAAGUCAAAAUUAUAAAAUGAAUAAAAUGGUGCCAAAAGUUU